AAAUUAAACUAAUUUCUUAUUUGUUAUGUCCCAUGUUUCUAAAUAACAUACAACAGCAAUGGAAGACAACGAGGGAAAAGAAUUUGCGGCUCUCGGUGUGAAGAAAUGGCUUAUAAAACAACUAUUUAGUCUUGGAAUUAAGACACCAACUCCAAUCCAAAAAGGUUGUAUCAAAGAGAUACUGGAAGGCAAUGACUGCAUAGGUGCAGCAAAGACGGGCUCCGGGAAAACGUUCGCGUUCGCUCUACCCAUCCUACAGAACUUGGCAGAGGACCCUUAUGGGAUUUUUGCGUUAGUUUUAACACCUACACAUGAGCUGGCAUACCAGAUAGCAGACCAAUUCACCAUCCUCGGGCAGCCCCUCUCCCUCCGGGUGUGCAUAGUGACCGGUGGUUCCGACCAGCUGGAGGAGUCCCUGAAGCUCGCCAAGAGACCCCACAUAGUGGUAGCCAUGCCGGGCCGCCUGGCCGACCACAUCACUGGCUGUGACACAUUCUCUUUAAAGAAGAUCAAAUAUUUGGUGUUGGAUGAAGCUGACAGGCUAUUUAGUGAAUCAUUCACAGAUGACUUGGAGACAAUAUUCAGCGUGUUGCCGGCAAAGAGACAGAACUUACUCUUCUCUGCCACUAUUUCAGAUGAAGUCAGGGACUCUAAAAUACUUUCCUUGAACAAAGAAAAACUGGUAAUAUGGAAGGAAACUGAUUCUCAACUGACUGUCUCCACACUGGACCAGCGAUACGCGGUAUGCCCCGCUUACGCUCGCGACGUGUAUCUAGUGCAGGCUCUCAGGAAAUAUCGCGAGACCAAACCGAGCGCGCAUGUACUGGUUUUCACUGAUACCAAAAAAGAAUGCCAAGUCCUCUCAAUGAUGCUAAACGCCAUCGGUAUGGACAACGUGUGUCUCCACGGCUUCAUGCGGCAGAAGGAACGCGUGUCCGUGCUGGCGCAGUUCCGGAGCAAUCUCAAAUGCACGCUCGUGGCCACUAACGUGGCGGCCAGGGGGCUCGACAUACCCACGGUGGACCUGGUGGUUAAUCAUAAGCUGCCGACGGAGCCUAGGGAGUAUAUACACAGGGUGGGCCGAACAGCGCGGGCGGGACGCACUGGGAUGGCGAUCUCGCUGAUCACGCCGUACGAUAUCCUGAGACUGGGCGAGAUCGAGGCGCACAUCAACACCAAACUUACCGAGUUCAAAAUUGACGAUGACGAAGCAGUAAAAGUGUUCACAACAGUGAGCGUCACCCGGCGGGAGCAGGAGGCACAGCUCGACAAUGAGGAGUUUGAGGAGCGGAAGAGGAGCUACAGGGUGAAGAGGUGGAUCCAAGCUGGGGUGGAUCCUGAUGCCAUGGAAGCCGGAUUAGAAGAAAUGCGUCGCAAGCGCAUCAAGGCCGCCAAAAAGGCCAAAUUAGCUAAAAUCAAGCAACUACAGUCGCAAGUGAAGAACGAGACAGGAGAUCGACUCCAGCCUGAAGACAUAGACGCCAGCAUCAAAGAGGGGCUCAAGAAAGUCAACAAGAGCUUGAUGAAGAAAGAUGACAGGUUCAAGGAUGUGAUAGGGAAGAUAAGCAAGAUCAAGAGGAAAGCGGAGAAGGUCAGUACCCAGAAAGAACCCGGGAAGAAAAAGAAGAAAGUUAAUAAAUAAAUUUGUUGGUGUAA